GAUUAUGCUACGAACGACGUGCUCGACCGCUACUCCGAUUCGGGAUUGAACGACGAGGAGGAUUUUGAAGGAUUGUCCCUGGUUGCGCGUCGUGCAGCCGAAGCCAAGAUGGCGCAGAGAGAUCGACGUGAGCAAGCUGGACGAAGAGGUGGACGUGCCGCUCGUCGGAGUCGUAUGCCUGCUUUCCUGGAAAGCGACGACAUGGACGAAGAUGAUGACGGACGCGGCCUUCUGGCCGGAACGAAGAGGCGUGUCAGGAGGCAGUACGAUGAAAGGAAGGAUCUCGAUGAUUUGGAUGGAGUGGAGGAUGAACUACCACUCGAGCAACUGAGCGACAUCAAGGCCAAAUCUAUUGUGGAGUGGAUUGCAAACGAGCGUGUUCGCAGGUCCAUCAUCAGGCACUUCCGACAAUUCCUCAUGACAUAUGUUGAUGAGCACGGCGCGUCUGUAUAUGGCCAGCGUAUUCGCAAUUUGGGAGAAAACAAUUCGGAAUCUCUCGAAGUCUCAUAUCUACACCUCGCACUAUCCAAACCGAUUCUUGCCUAUUUCUUGACGAACUCCCCUAGUGCUAUGCUUGCCAUCUUCGACGAAGUCGCACUCAACGCUAUCCUCGUCUACUACCCAUCAUACGAGCGCAUUCACUCCGAAGUUCAUGUCCGUAUCACAGACUUGCCUCUUAGCUCCUCGCUGCGUGACCUCCGUCGCUCCAACUUGAACAAUCUCGUGCGAGUCUCUGGUGUGGUGACGCGACGAACAGGCGUUUUCCCGCAGCUCAAGUAUGUCAAGUUUGAUUGCCGCAAAUGUGGCGCAGUCCUCGGUCCCUUCUAUCAGGAUGCUACGAAGGAGGUGAAGAUCAGCUAUUGCCCCAAUUGCGAAGGAAAAGGGCCAUUCUCAGUGAAUUCGGAACAGGCAACAACUGUCUAUCGUAACUAUCAAAAGAUGACUUUGCAAGAAUCACCGGGCUCUGUACCUCCUGGUCGUUUACCAAGACACCGAGAAGUCAUUUUGUUGUGGGACCUGAUUGACAUGGCGAAGCCCGGAGAAGAGAUUGAGGUGACCGGUAUCUACCGCAACAACUUCGAUGCGUCCCUUAACUCGAAAAACGGGUUCCCUGUCUUCUCGACUAUUAUCGAAGCCAAUCACAUUAACAAGAAGGAAGACCAGUUUGCGGCAUUCCGGUUGACUGAAGAGGACGAGAAAGACAUCCGUGCUCUCGCCAAAGAUGACCGCAUUCGUAAGCGGAUCGUCAAGUCAAUCGCACCGUCGAUCUAUGGUCAUGAGGACAUCAAGACUGCGCUUGCUCUGUCCCUAUUUGGAGGAGUCCCGAAGGACAUCAACCGAAAGCAUCGCAUUCGUGGCGACAUCAAUGUUUUAUUGCUGGGCGAUCCGGGUACUGCGAAGUCACAGUUCUUGAAGUAUGUCGAGAAGACGGCACAUCGUUCGGUCUUCGCCACAGGUCAGGGCGCGUCCGCUGUUGGUUUGACCGCGAGUGUACGAAAGGACCCUGUCACUCGGGAAUGGACGCUGGAGGGAGGGGCCCUGGUUCUGGCGGAUAAAGGGACAUGCCUCAUCGACGAGUUCGAUAAGAUGAACGACGCAGAUCGGACGUCCAUUCACGAGGCCAUGGAACAGCAGUCAAUCUCGAUUUCUAAGGCGGGGAUCGUGACCACGUUGCAGGCGCGCUGCGCGAUCAUCGCAGCGGCGAACCCGAUACGGGGACGGUAUAAUCCGACCAUCCCUUUCCAGCAGAACGUGGAGCUCACGGAGCCUAUCUUGUCCCGAUUUGAUGUACUCUGUGUGGUGAAGGACACGGUAGACCCAGUUCAAGACGAGCUGCUUGCACGUUUCGUGGUCGGAAGUCAUCUGCGAAGCCAUCCCAAAUUCGAAGUUGAGAAGGACGAGAUGGAUGUGGGGACGACGCUGGAUGCGGAUAUCAUACCGCAGGAUGUGCUCCGAAAGUACAUCAUGUAUGCACGCGAGAAGGUCCGCCCGAAACUGUACGACCUCGACCAGGAGAAGCUGUCACGUCUGUUUGCAGACCUGCGCCGUGAGUCGCUGGCGACGGGGUCGUUCCCAAUCACUGUGCGGCACCUGGAAAGUAUGAUCCGAAUGGCGGAGGCGAGUGCGAAGAUGGCGUUGCGGGAGUACGUGCGCGCCGAUGAUAUCGAUCUGGCGAUCUCUGUCGCCGUUGGCAGCUUCGUCAGCGCGCAAAAGAUGUCUAUCAAAAAGACGCUGGAACGAGGAUUCCGCAAGUACCUGACGCAGGCACGCGACCACGAGGAGCUGCUCGCGUUCAUCCUAGGCCAGGUCGUCAAAGAAAAGGCACGAUUCUAUCAGCUGCAGCGGCAUCAACAGCCGGAUGUCAUUUCCAUCAAGACAUCCGAGCUCGAUGAGCGAGCGAAGGAGCAUGAUAUUUUCGAUACGACGCCGUUCCUGCGCUCGAGGCUGUUCACUGCGAAUGGGUAUAGAUUGAAGGAUGACAUGAUCGAGAAGACUUUCCUGCAUGCGGAUUAG